UCAUACUUGCUCUAUACUAUACCUGUAGUUAUUGCUUUUUCAAGUGGUAGUACGGAUUCUUGGCCUGUACAGUAAACUCGGAAAAUAAAUGGCAAACGUUAAGAAAAUUAUUAACGAUAAAAUCGCGAAAAAGAAAGUGAUGGUAUUUUCUAAGCAACACUGUUCAUUUUGUCUAAUGGCUAAGAAAGUGUUGCAGAAGUAUGUGGGUAAGGAAAUAGAACCUGAAGAUUACGAGGUAUGGGAAAUCAACGAUGAUCCCAACUACAGUCAGUUGCAGGAGGAGUUGAAGAACAUGACUGGAGCACAUACGGUACCCCGUGUGUUCAUCAAUGGUAAAUUUGUCGGCGGUGGAACUGACAUUCGAGCUCUGGAUAGUAGCGGACAGCUAGUAGAAAUGCUCAAGAAGAAAACAAACGCAUAGAAAAUACAGCUGAAGCAGUUUUAGACCAUUCCUAUAAUUCCACAACAUCUUAGUAUCUACUAACAACUGUGAAAUCCGGGGGAGGGCUGUGGUUGUGUGUUUCUCCAUUUUGAUGCUGUUGAUAACUGAUACGCAAAUCAAAUUACGUUAAUAUAUAUACGAAAUCGUCACUGACAUGUAUGCUAUUAAACUAAGAUUAAUUAAUUCAUCCUAUUAACAUGUAUGAUCAUUUUUGAUAAUAUUGUAUAUUCAAUGCAUACUAGUAUAUAUAAUCUUACAAAAGCAUACUUGUGUGCCAAAUCUGUUUUUGUUCAUAUUUUAUUAAACUAAUAUACUGUGUUA